AUGGCUGAGAAUACAGAUAGGGGCUACAAGGCUCCCUCGACUGAGCCCACAGUGUGUGCGCGCGCACUCGAUCAUCGAUCAUCGCAAUCUGAAAAGCCGAAUCGUUCUUGCGAAAUAUCUUCGGCCUCGUCCGUUAUCUUGUACCCAGCUGCUCAAUGCAACGCAGAUGAGUUUGACCUUAUUUCGCAACAGACGCGAGCUGGAAGCAGUCCAGCACUGCGGGACGGAUUCUGCGUUUGUGGGGUCUCAUUUCACCUCGCAUCUCGGGGCUACAGACUAUGUAAUCGACGUCUGUUUCUCGUAUUUGAUUUUGAUUGGAUUGGUAAUGAACGUUACAAUCUCCACUUAGCGGCAAACAACUUCUGUUGGGUGGAAAGCGCUUUUGUGGAUUCGAGCUACGGUAUGGAGGGCUUGUGGGCGAGGCCCGUAGCGGCUGCGCAAUCCAGUGGCCAAGUUACACAUGAUUGUGUCCACCUCCCUUUAGUUCCCGCUGUACAGCGUGAUACGGUGCAGCUGCAGCGGGGGGGCUUGAGCUCAGGGAAAGUGUUUAAGAAGCUCCAAAUGCGGCAUUGGUCUCCGAGAGCCUCCAUUAGGGAUGUUGAAAGAAUGCUUCGAUCUGGUGACAUACCAACCAUACCUCCCCAGAACGCGAAGUCACUGCUAACAGACGACAAAUCCCCAUAUAAGUUGUUGGACGUGCGACCACAAUGGGAGCGAGAGAAGGCUUACGUGGUGGAAUCCAUCCAUGUACCUCUCUUUGUCGAAGAUGAGGCCACAGAUGCCGUGACGCUGCUGAAAAAGCAGAUUCAGUUCGGAUUCGGGGGCGCAUGGCUUGGGCAGAAGUUCACAAAGCAGAACAUGGAUUUCGUAGAGCAAGUUCGGCAGGCGAUCCCAAACAAGAAUGAUAAAAUUAUGGUAGCAUGUGGCGAAGGAAUGAGGUCCAUGAUGGCAAUUAAGGAGCUCCGAAAGGCUGGGUACACUGAACUGGCUUGGGUAGGGGGUGGUUUCAACAAUGUGCGGGACGGAGACUUUGUGACAGUUGAGAAUGGUACAAAGUUGCAAUGGGCUACAGUAGGGGGUGCGUCUGAGCUUUUCCUCAAAUUUGCCGUGUUCUUGUCCGCGGUGACGACUUCAAUAACAGGCUCACUCGCCGUCAAAGAUGAACCAAAAUGACCUAUUGUUAUUAUUAUUAUUAUUCCAUUUUUCAAUUUUGUGCACUGGCCUGCAGCCAUGCUUCAAUGCCUCA